AUGCUGGCGAGCGUCCUGCUCCUGCUAGCCCUGGCGAGGCCGGCGUGCCCGGCGCCGGACGGCGUGGCGAGCCGGCGAGCUGAGGCGCUCAAGAGGCUCCUGGAGGUCUUCGGCAUGGAAGACCCGCCGGCGCCCCCGGCGCAUUUCAAGCGGCCGCCGCAGUACAUGGUGGAUCUGUUCAACACCGUAGCCAACGCGGACGGCGUCACCAAGAACCCCGACGUCCUGGAGGGCAACACGGUCCGCAGCUUCUUGGAUAAAAUCCACAGCGACAAGAUGCAUUUCCUCUUCGUCCUGUCCAGCGUCGCCAAGAACGAGAAGAUCCUGACAGCGGAGCUGCACCUCUUCCGCCUCUGGCCGAGGGCCACCGACGGGCCCAAGAGGCAGCACUUCUGCCAGGUGAGCAUCUACCAGGUGCUGGACAGGAGCAGAGCGGACUCUCCCAAAGGGAGGAAGCUGCUGGCGGCCAGGCUCAUCUCGCUGCAGGGCUCGGGCUGGGAGGUCUUUGCCAUCACGCAAGCGGUUCGCGACUGGACAGAAGACGAAAGCAGCAACUUGGGUUUGAUGGUGGCGGUCCACAGCCUGGGCGGGGGCCCGCUGGACCCCCCCGGCGUGCACUUCGCCUCCAGCCGGGACCACCACGAGAGCAAGAAGCCCAUGCUGGUCCUGUUCACGGACGACGGGCGCCGCGGAGCGUCGCUGCCCGCCGCCGGCUUCGCAGAUUCCCAGCCUCAGGCUCCCGUUCUCCCUGCGAAGAUGACGGUGCCAAAACUGAACGGGCCGCGGAGCACUCGCUCGCUGGACCGGCUCCAGCCCUGCCAGAGGCAUCCCCUGUCCGUGGACUUUGAGGAAAUCGGCUGGUCCGGGUGGAUCAUCUCGCCGCGGGGGUACAAUGCCUACCACUGCAAAGGCGCCUGCACCUUCCCGCUGGGCGAGAACAUGCGGCCCACCAACCACGCCACCGUGCAGUCCAUCAUCAACGCGCUCAAGCUGAGCGAGGGCGUGAGCAGCCCCUGCUGCGUGCCCGACAAGCUCUACUCCAUCAACCUCCUCUACUUCGACGACGACGAGAACGUGGUCCUCAAGCAGUACGACGACAUGGUGGCCGGGAGCUGCGGCUGCCACUGAC